AUGUCAGUUUUGUCAUCAGCACUGGAUCCAUACAGGAUUCCAGUGAAGAAUGUCACUGAAGUCACUAUGUUUACAUUGCUGGGAUUCACAGACGAUUUUCAGUUGCAAGUCUGUCUCUUUUUACUAUUUCUUGCAAUCUAUAUUUUUACUCUGGUAGGAAAUUUGGGACUGGUUUUAUUAGUUGUGGUAGAUUCCAGACUCCACAACCCCAUGUACUAUUUUCUGAGUGUCUUAUCUGUCUUAGAUGCUUGCUAUUCUUCAGUUAUCACCCCAAAAAUGUUGGUCAAUUUCUUGUCAGAGAAUAAAACCAUAACAUUCCUUGGAUGUGCAACACAGAUGCUGCUCUUUGUAACUUUUGGGACCACAGAAUGCUUCCUCUUGGCAGCCAUGGCAUAUGAUCGCUAUGUAGCAAUCUACAACCCACUUCUGUACUCGGUUAACAUGUCACCCAGAGUCUAUGUGCCACUCAUCAUUGCUUCUUAUGUUGCUGGUUUUUUGGAUGGUGUUAUACACACAGUAGGAACUUUUCGUCUGUCCUUCUGUGCAUCCAAUGAAAUUAGACACGUCUUUUGUGAUAUCCCCCCACUCCUUGCUCUCUCCUGUUCUGACACUCACAUCAACCAGCUUCUGCUCUUCUAUGUGGUGGGCUUUAUUGAGAUAUUCACCAUCCUGAUUGUCCUAAUCUCCUAUGGUUUCAUAUUGAUGGCCAUUCUGAGGAUGCGUUCUGUUGAGGGAAGGCGAAAAGUGUUUUCCACUUGUGGCUCUCACCUCACUGGAGUGUCAAUUUACCAUGGAACCCUCCUCUUCACAUAUGUGAGGCCAAAUUCUAGCUAUUCUUUGGACGAUGACAUGAUAGUGUCUGUAUUUUACACAGUUGUGAUUCCCAUGUUGAACCCCAUCAUCUACAGCUUAAGGAAUAAGGAUGUAAAAAAUGCAGUGAAAAAAUUGUUUGAAAGAAAUCGUAGAGUCCAUUUUUAG